CGUAAAGGAGGCGCAGGCCUCGAUAUAAGUUUGCUAUUGAGCAAUUUAGUUUUAUUGAUUUGUUUGGGUUUAGCUGGAAUAGGUUGGGUGGUUGCUUUUAUCGGACAAAUUGUUGCAGAAGCCGAUUAUGGUCAUCAAGGCGUCGUUUGGUUUUCGAUUUUCUUGGAACUAUUUUUGAUCAUCGGUAUCGCUGCCGUAAUCGCAACUGAUAGCGUCGCUUUGGCAAGACUACAACUUUCAACCUUUUUGGCAGUCGCUCUUGUAUUCUCAGUCAUCGGUAUCGAUAAAGGUAUUUACGCUCACAGCGGAGGCUUAAAUGCAAUGGCUGCCGGAUGGUUCAUCUUGACAAUUGUAAACAUUGUCUGGCUAUUAUUCUUCACUUCAGAAGAAGACAGUGCCAUUUAUGGACUUUUGACCACAUUCGGAAACGGACAAUUGGGCGGACCAGGUGGAAGAGGAACAAGAUCUGGACCCAUCACUCGUGUUAACAAUGUGAAUGGAUCUGGAGGCUACGGAGGAUCUUACUCUGGAGGCAUGCAAGGCGUUGGAAACGGAUAUCAACCCACAUACGGUAACGCACCGUCAGCCGCUGAUAUCACCCAAGCAGGAAUCGGAAUGCCGAAGAGUCAAACGGCAUUGAACGGUGCAGGAAGCAUAAGAAGUGGAACGGGUGGCGCAGGCGGCGUGACUAUGGGAUCACUUGCGGGACCCAAAUCUGACAUUAGCCAUGGAGGAGAUGGAGAACCAAUGCCAGGAUACGGAUACCGUGCUCGUGCAUUGUAUGCAUACACUGCCAAUGCAGAUGAUCCAACCGAAAUUUCAUUCUCAAAAGGUGAAAUUUUGGACAUCGUUGAUAAUAGUGGAAAGUGGUGGCAGGCAAGAAAGUCAAAUGGAGAGACUGGAAUCGUGCCAAGCAAUUACAUGCAAGUUUUGUAA